AUGCAAACAUGUGAAUAUUCUAAAAUAAGUUCAAACUCCACAGGAAUGAAUGUCACUCUUCGAGAUUUAUUAGAUUAGCCAAUUCACACCAAAACAGUCAAAGUAAUUGAAGUGUUCAUUAAUGAGGGUGAUUAUGUGUAUAAUUGUUAUAGUGCUCUUAAUGUUUAAAAUUAAGGAGAAUUAUUGGAACUUUAUAAUAGAUGGCCUGGAUAAAUCGAGGAGGUGUAUAUAAAAUAAAAUGAUUUGAUUGGAAUCGAUAGUGUGCUCUACAAUAUUCGAAGUGAUUUCAGGUAGGAUCUACAGGUUGAAUUGAUUUAGUAUGGAGUUUCUAAUAAACGCACUUAGAACAUAAGGAUAAAUAUUAUAAAAAAUAAGGAAGAGCAAAUUGCUGAAUAAGUGGAGAAUAUUCCAUUAGAUCCUAAAAUAAUAAUUGGACACAAAGAGAAUGUGUUUAAAGUAGAGAUGAAUGAUGGAAGAGUGAAUGAUAUAAAUUUUUUGGUUAUGAAAAAUCAAUACCCUCAUUUAGUAGUCUAAUAUUUAGAAAAAUUGUGAAUAGCUAUUACCAUUAUUAUAUAUGAUGAAUGCAUUUAUAAAUAAAAA